AUGCCCACAACCCCCAUAGCGGCCACACCGCCCAUCCAGCUGUACGCCGAACUGCUCGUCAACAUCCGCCAAGUGUCUGUUUCGGUGUCGUUUGCGGGACCAAUCGAGGCGCGGCAGACAACGGCCGAGGUGCUGCCGGAUGGCGUGACGUUGCGAGUGCGACGGCGUGGCAAAGACGAUGGAGACCAGCAAACUGCCGUGCUGACCCUGCCCGGCCGAGUGGCCGUGACGGCGGCCGGUGCACAGCUUCCCGUACCAGGCCCGGCGCUGGCGUCGGGGUACGUCGCGUGGCGGCUGCCUUUGCAGGGACCGACGACACAAAACGGGCAGACCGACGACACGGAUCUGGCGCCGUGGUCAGCACCCGACUUGUCGCUUGGGUCGUCUGUGCGCUGCCGUGGAUGUUCUGCCGAACUGGUCGCCGCCCACCGCAUCCAGGCGUGGAAAGACCUGCCGAGCGACAACUGGGCGGAGAUGAUGGAGUUUUGGCACUGUCACAAGCCGGAUGUGAAGGAAACGGAAACAGCAGGCGGGCCGGGUGCGGCUGCAAAGAAUGGCGUCGACACCGGCACUGGUCUUGCCAACCGUGGGUACGGGGCCAACAGCACCAUCUCGGCGGACGCGGGCGUGGGGUUUGUGGACCUGACGACGCUGCUCGUUUCCGAGGUCGACUGUCACGGAGUUUUGUUCUCCGAGUCCACCGUCGACAAGGCCUCGUCUCGUCUCGAGGUACUGUCCACCGUCCAGACCGCCGCCACAAACGCAGCAGCCACGACAGCCAACACGGUCGCCGCUCCACGCGGUCUCAGCGUCUUUUGUGCUGCGUGUCGUGCCCAGGUCGGCUACUUUACUCUACGGCAGCAGUCGAUACACCUCUUCAAGUGGCAGGUGCAGGUCGCUACGACUGGCCAGCAAGGGCAGCCCACGAUUGCCGACUGUGUAGCAGCAACGCUCGUGGCAACGAUCCAGCGGACGGGCUCGUCCAAGUCGCUGAUCUUGCCCAUCUACGAACUCGAGGGACGUGUUCUGGGAACAGAAGACAGAGAAAAUGUUCUCCAAGUCUGGGUGCUCAACGGCAGCAUUGUGUAUUCAUCGGGGAGGUCACGAAGCCCGUCCACCCCCACGCCAUCCCGCGCCGUCAAGCUGCUCUACAAGCACAUCCCCCGCGCCGAGGCGGAUACCAUUCUGGAAAGCCUGAAUUCGGACGUGCAAGAGAUCAACUUGCCGCGAGAGACGAUCGGGGCGGUGACCGAGUUGCUGGAGUCAAGCACACAGCUUCUACCAGCACGAGACCGAGAUUUUAAAGAAUGGAGGAUUGGUGUACUGGACCGUUGGGAUCCGAGGAGGCAAUCCAAUGGAUAG